CUUGAGGCGGCCUGACGGAGGGAGUCAACCCUCUUCUAGCGUCAAAUAAAUAUGUUGCUCUACCUACAGAGAUGUCUAUUCAUCCCUAUGGCCAAAUUGGUACUCAAAUUCUUGACAAUUGUAAUAUUAUUUCAGGCUGGAAAUGGCGACAUGCUUCGGCCGGUCAAUAAUAUCACCUUAGGGUCAAGGCUCUACCCUCAAAACAAUCCUUAUUGGGUUUCCCCUUCCCGCAUAUUUGCAUUUGGUUUCUACGAGAAAGGUGAUGGAUUUGCAGUUGGCAUAUGGCCGCUGGCUGUUGGUCCUGAACGCAUUGUUACAUGGACUGCAAAUAGAGAUGAUCCACCUAUCUCUUCAAACGCCUAUCUGGAGUUGACAGAGGAAGGUAAGCUUCUUGUUCGGACAACAGACACUGCCUCUGGAUUCAUCCCAAUUGUUUACAACUUGCAAGCACCUGCAACUUCAGCUUCAUUGCUUGAUUCUGGGAACUUUGUUCUCUCUGAUGGUGAUAAUGUCAUAUGGAAUAGCUUUGACUAUCCAACAGACACCAUAUUAGGGGGUCAAACACUUCUGUCGGGCGAGAGCCUAAUCUCUAGUGUAUCAGUGGCAGAUAGAUCAAGUGGAAGGUUUAAACUGGUUCUCCAGCACGAUGGUAAACUGGCGGCGUAUCCAGUGAGCGGUACAGGAGCGCCUGAUGAGGCUUACUGGUCAUACAACGCUGGACUUGAAUUUCAUGGUUUGUCUCUAGUUCUCACAGAAACAGGCCUUCUUUACUUGGAUCCAACCUUUGAUCUUAGUAAUGACAGCAUAGCGCAGGGCUUGAAUGUUUCUGAAAGUAGCGAAACAAUGAUUUACCGAGCAACCCUUGAUGCUGAUGGCAAUUUCAGGCUGUAUGCGCACAUAUUAAGUAACUCAAGCAUGAUGACCCUAUGGUCGGCAUUGAUGCCAUUUGAUCCCUGUAAAGUAAAAGGAUUUUGUGGCCUUAACAGCUAUUGCUCAGCUAAUGCCAGCAAAGGCAACGCUACUUGCAUCUGCUUUCCUGGCUUUAUCUACCAUGAUCCGGAUCCUGAUAAGAAAUUCCUGGGAUGCUACAGAAACUUCAGUUAUGAAAGAAUAUGUGGAAUUAGGGAAGAUGAUUCUUUGUCCAACAAAUAUUACUUAAUCCCGAUAAAAAACAUGGAAAUCAGGGGCGAUCCAUAUGUUAGUAUUCCAAUGGUUCAGGGGGACUGUUGCAAGUCUUGCAUAAGUGAUUGCAAUUGCUGGGCUGUUCUACACGCAAGUGGUAAUUGCAGCAAGUACAAGCCUCCUCUCCUGUAUGCAGCCCAAGAUCAGAACCAUUCAGGGGUAGCUUUCAUCAAGCAGAGUCACAACAGUUUCCAAUCUGCAGAGCCAAAAGUCUUGAGCUACUCAAUGUACAGAAGGAGAGCUCUUAAAUACCAGAAGCUCUUAAAAAUGGAAAACUUCGGCCUAAAUAAGGAGUUUACUCUUCGGUCAUUCUCCUAUAAUGAGCUCGAGAAAGCUACAAAUGGAUUCAAAGAGGAGAUAGGGUGCACUUCCUAUGGGAAGAUUUAUGGAGGAAUCAUAUCUCAAGGCGAUAGAAUUGUUGCUGUAAAGAGACUAGAAAAAGUUGACGACGAAGGAGAGAGGGAAUUCAUAGCUGAAAUGGCUGCUAUGGGGCGAAUUCAUCACAAGAAUGUUGUUCAACUAGUGGGCUUCUGCUUGGAGGGUGCUAAAAAGCUCCUUGUAUAUGACUUUACGAAAACCAGAUCACUGGCAGAAUGUCUCUCUGAUGUCGAAAAAAGACCCUUUUGGAACCAAAGAAUGAAACUUGCAUUCGACAUAGCUCAAGGGAUUCUUUAUUUGCACCAGGAAUGUGAUACACAUAUCAUCCACUGCAAUAUUAGGCCGGAAAAUAUACUAGUGGGUGACAAUUGGACAGCUAAAAUAGCUAAUUUCAGUUCUGCAAAGCUUCUAAUUCCAUAUCAAAAGCAAACUCUGGCCUUGGAGAGACAGAGAAGAGGAUACUCGGCGCCAGAAUGGCAGAAGAAAGCCUCUGCAUCAGAGAAGGUAGAUGUUUAUAGCUAUGGAGUUGUGCUGUUGGAAAUAAUUUGUUGCAACACUACUGAGGAAAUUAAUGUUCAAAGCCCAGAUAAUGACUUUUCUACUAGGGUGUACAAUUAUUUUAUGGGCAAACAAUUGAGAAAGCUCAUUGGAGAUGAAGAGGUAGAUAUGGACUCACUGGAGAGAAUGGUUAAGGUUGGAUUGUGUUGCAUUCAUCAUGAUCCUGAUCUGAGGCCAUCCAUGAAAAAUGUGAUUCUGAUGUUAGAAGGUGCCAUUGAUACACCAGCUCCCCUUUGUCCAAUCUAGUGGUAGGUAGCUUGUAUUGCAGACUAGACCAAGAUUUUUUUUUCCUUUUUCCUUAUGUUUUUUUCAAUGUCUUUACGCCUUUUUUUUUUUGCCAACGUCUUUAUGUAAAAUUGCAUAUAAUUUACCUUAGUAAAAGUUUCCUGUUAUAUGUGAAUGUAAGCAAGUUGUAAUAGUCCACAAAGUUUAAAUUUAUGAAGAUUACUUUCUUUCAUUAUUAA